AUGAGUUGCCUCCGUGCUUGCUUCAGAGACAGAGGUCCUCGCACAGAGACAGAAGCUAUGAAAAGGCAAAGCUGUAGUCAGGAGCAUGAGGUUAUUGAAUUACAAGAAGAUAAUGUGGAGGAAAGUGAGGCUGAUCAUGACAAGCCUCUAAACGCUCAAACAAGAAAGGAGAGAGAUCACUGGAAAACAUGCAGGAAUGUAGUUUUCUGGAAGUGUAAACUAUGGAUGGUUAUAAGUACAAUUUUUCUAGUGUUCUUCCUGGUCAUUCUCAUCAGCCUAAUUCUUUAUUCUAAUGUUUACAUAGAUGAGGAUGACUAUUGGGAUCCUGAUGCACUGCUAAAUAGUGGAAAUUGUCGCAAUUUUUCGGGAACGUUGAAGUUAAUGUGUUGUCUCCCACACAUUUUCUCUGAAGAUAUUACUAAAAAGUUAACAGACGUCUACAGUUCAUCUCCAGCUCUAGGACGCUACUUUAGGUCAGCUCAGGUAGUUUACUUCAGUAAUGAAAGCUCCACUGUAUUUUAUCAGCUAGAGUUUUCUGUACCACCAUCUGCAGAGGGGUUUAUGGAAAACAUAAUGAACCCAGAUUUUAUAAGGAACGUUUUACGUCAAAGUAUUUAUGAUGAAGAAGAUACUUUUGGUCCUGGGACAUCUGAAUAUAACAGGUUAAAGCUUGACCCAACUUCUCUCACGUUAACAUGUAAGUACUGUACAUUAGAGAGUCUGUUCUUUACAACGAGCGGAAGUGUUUACCUGAAAGGAGAGAAAUUUUUCUAG